UGAAACAUUAAAAAAAAUUUCAAAAUCAUGCCUCGACAUCUCAUUGGCUGAUCAAUUAUUUUGAAAUAAGCUUAAAAUUAGCACUGUUUAUCUGACAAUAUAUUUUACCGAGUACACAGCUGCAGUCGAUUAUUUUACCGAAUAUAUAACGAUUCCUUGUUUACAAAUUUUAUAAGAGCUCGUAAUUUUAUUUGUUAAACGUUAUCCAAGUGAAAUGAAUUCUUUAAAUUUUUUCUUCGAUCUCUCCGUACUUUCAAAUCACGUUGCAUGAUGCAAAAUCAAGAAAUCGUUUGGGUACCUCAACGAAUUUUCGAUUGUCCAGACGAUCAUAAAUUCGCACUUGUUGUUUUGAACCAAUCAAUUCACCUUCCUCGCGACUAUGUAUUGUCCCAGUGGGAAAAAGCACAAGUUACUAUCACGGUCGAUGGAGGUACAAAUCACUGGAUAAAGUACUUGGGGGAUAGAGCAAACGACGUUUUGUCAGGAAAAUGUAAAAAAUACUUGCCAACCCUAGUGACCGGGGAUAUGGAUAGCAUCUCGCAAGACUUGUUGAAUAAAUUAAAAAGUAUAAAAGCUAAAAUAAUUGUUACUCCAGACGUUAUGGAAACAGAUUUUACGAAGAGUUUGAGGGAGCUUAAAGAGUACAGUAUCAAAAAUAAUAUUAAAUUAAAUGGGGUACACGUCGUUGCAGAAACUGAAGGGAGAUUGGACCACGUAAUAGCUAAUAUCAAUACAUUGUACAAAUGUGACAAGUUUUUGAACGAUUUGUGGGUAGUUCAAAUUUCUAGUAAUUCCUUAACAUGGCUGUUAAAAGUUGGAUCACACAAGAUAAUCAUACCAAAGAUUUUGCUGGAAAAAAAGGUCUGGUGUGCUCUGAUUCCAUUUGGAGAUUCAAACAACAGGGUUAGUACCACUGGCCUCAAGUGGAAUUUGAAUAACACUUGUAUGAAAUUCGGCGAGUUAAUAAGCACAUCAAACACUUACAGUGGCCAACCAGAGGUUACCAUAACUACUAAUGCCCCUCUUAUCUGGAUAAUGGGUAUUGGGCCAAUCACAAGGGUGAAUGAAACAGAUUGACAUGUUGAGUAUCUACACUAGUCGAAAUCAAGACUUAAGUU